UGUUAAUUAAGGACCAAAUUGACGACCCAAUUGCCAUCACAGAAAAGCUUAUAAUACAGUCCAAGAUUGAGACAGGAACUGUUUAAAACCGGAAGGCAGUGUGGACUGUGAGCUAUUGGAACUUUGAAGAAGGUGACUGAUGGAAAUUAGCCUACAUGAAGACUGCCUGGAAGCGCCUUGUGUUGAUUAGUGUGAUUUAAUUGUGUGUGAUUGUAUGCAAUAUGUCAAUUUUAUUAGUUAACAAUAUGGCCUAUACCUCAAUGUUACUCAAUAAUGUAUUGAAAUGAUGGUGAAGGGCUUCCCCAGCAAGCCACAAGACACAUGUCCACUGUUCUAACAGCCUAUGCAAUUUGCACAUUUAAGUGUGGGGCCACAAGUUGGUAAAAAUGAGACAGAAAUGCUGAAAAUGGUUUGACAGACAUUUUGGAAAGGUGCACACAUAUAAAUCUGUCUUGAUUGGGGAGGGGAGACGGGGGGGCAGAAAGGUGCUAAUAAAGUUUUACAGAAUGCGUCUUGUGUUGGAGUAAGCUUACAUUUAUUCAGUUUGGGUGGGGGGAAAUUCUGAUAUCUGCUCUUGUACUUUGUGGCUAUUCUUUGCCCAUUCUCAACCCACGCAUGCACAAGAAUGAUGGAUGUCUUAACAAAGGCAUCUCUGUUGACAAGAUUGCCAAAUGCAUGGCUCAUAAAACAAUGAAUGUCAGAACGAAAAAACGUUAAACUCACUUUGACAGCCACAAGGUUCUGAGAACAUGUAGAAAUGUUGAUGCAAAUUCACACAGGCACUAGAUGGCCUACUGGCCCUCCCUCUGUUAUAUGACGUCAUUGGCACGCGACGGCGGGGUCCUUUUAUGCGUGUGUAUUUUUUUUUUUUAGUUGAACAAUAAAAGAUGGCGUCGUGCGAAAGCUUGUUGUUCCUACUGAGAAGGAAAGUGGUAUAAGAAAGAUUCAUCUACAGAUAGCUGUUCAUUUUUUCAAUAAAAAAAGUUUAACUUGUGAUGCCUUGGCCUGAAUUACAUAGGAAUGCUUUUGAGUUUUGGUGACUAUGUUGAGAUCCACCGGGUUUUUCCGUGGGAUUGAUUGCCCGUUUUACAGCGAGAGCCAUAACGGGAAGAUCGUCAAAAAUGGGUGCAACAGACCAUACUGUCAUUUCAGACACAGCAACCAGAGAAGGACGUCCUAUGGAGGGUUUGAAGUCAGAAAAACCAAAGAAAUCCCUUCAAAUGAAGAAGGAUAUGACCCCUUCAGCCCUGAGGUUGGGCCGUCAGAUCAUCGCAAUGAGGAACCUGCGGCCAAGCCUGCAACGGGACACCCCGUGGAUGGGGAUGCCACAGAGCUCGAACUGGUCAAUCGGGCCAUCCAGGCUGUUCAGUGUGAGGUGGAGAGGGAAAAAAGGAAACUUUCACAUAUGGGCGACCAGGAGUAUGAGCCCACAUCCAAGUCAUCCACAGUGGAUGCCAAACGGAAAAAGACUGCGCCUCUCUCACACACGGGUGUCCAGGAGUAUGAACCCACAGCAAGAUCAUCCACAGUGGAUAUCAAGCAGAAAAAGUCUGCACCUCUCUCACAUACUGGUGUCCAGGAGUAUGAACCCACAGCAAGGUCAUCCACAGUGGAUGUCAAGCUGAAAAAGACUGGGUGUCUCUCACAUACGAGUGUGCCGGAGUAUGAACCUACUGCAAGAUCAUCCACAGUGGAUGUCAAGCAGAAAAAGACUGUGUCUCUCUCGCAUACAGUUGUCCAGGAGUAUGAACCCACUGCAAGAUCAUCCACAGUGGAUGUCAAGCAGAAAAAGACUGUAUCUCUCUCACAUACGGCGGACCAGGAUUAUGAACCCACAGCAAGGUCGUCCACUGUGGAUGCCAAGCGGAAAAAGACUUCCCCUGUGGUCUCUCAUCAGGGUUACGAUCCUGGGAGCUAUCAAAUGACACAAGGAACUGAUUACAGUCCAACCCCCCGCUCAAACAAAUACAUCUUGGACUCUGAGAGUGAGGACAGCCAUGGCAGUCCUCUGGAGUAUGUCCCCACAGCCGUCAAUAAAGCGGCGUCAAAAAAGUCAUUACUUUUCAGUCCCACAAAACCCCCUUCCAGUCCUUCUCCCAGCCCACAAAGCUCCACCUCGGUCAAAUGUAAAUACACAGUCGACAAGGGCAAAUACACACUUGACACAUCCAAACCCGCCACUGACAUGGAAUACGACCCUCUGUCCAACUUUUCUGCCAAACCGAGCAGCAAAAGCAAGGACCAGCGGGCAUCUACCUCUGAGAAAGACUCCAAGACCUCUUCUCCACCGACAAGUAAGAGGAAGCAUUCUGUGGACGAGGAGUACGUGCCUACGGUUAAAAAACAGCGGCCGCCAGCGGUAGACAGCCAGAAGUACACGGCCAGCUUCUCUGAAUCCGACGGGGAGAGCUCCGGCAUGGAGUACCGCCCCACAAAGAUCGGCCACCUACAGCGUCGGAAGAGCUCAAGUGGCUCGGCAGAGGACGGCUCGCGGAGAAGCUCCGAGGAGAAGGUUGACAUCACGGCUCCCUCCAAGGUUCUGACGCAGCAGAAACACCAGAACUCCAGACCAGAGGAGAAUUCUUCACGGAGGGACUCGGACGACCUGGAUGAGGGGGGGCCCAAACAGACGCCGAAAGAGAAAGAGAAAGCUACCGAAAAGAAGGUGAAAGACAAGGACAACCAAAAGAAAAGCAGUAAGACGGAAGAUGAGAAAAGGGAGGAGAAGCGGUCCAGUGGGAAAACCGGCAGUAGCGAGAAGGAGAGGAAGGGAAGUUCUAGUAGCAGUGACAAAAAGAAGAAACCGAGUUCAGAGAGCGUGAAGAAGACUGACAGGACGGAGGAGAAAAACAAACUAAAGGACAAAGCGGUGCACAAGAGUAAGAAAGAGGAGAAGAGCUCUGAUGAGAAGAGCAAAAGGCCUGAGAAGGUCAAAGGUGAAUCGGGAGGACACAAAGAAAAGGAUCGCACUAGUAGUGAGGUCAAAAAGCAUAAAUCUGACAAGACCCACGAAAAGGACUCCUCCAAAUAUAAGGAACAGAAGAACGGUAAGCUUCUCUCUGUCCGGAAAGAUAAGGAUAAAACCAAGUCACUCCACGGAAGCGGGUCGAGCGGUGAUGACAAGAGCAGCAAGAAAAGCAGCUUGUCGUCGUCGUCAUCCUCCAGCAGCAAAGCGGCGAAGUUGGGCAAAGAGAAACACCGGUCCCUGAGCCACGUUGAUCUCUUUGGGGACGAGAGCGGAGAGGAGGAGGAGAACAUCGUCCGGAAGUCGGCCUCUGCACACAGACAGAGGUCGUCCGCGCCGAGCCACAACAACAAGAAGAUGAGGAAGAUGGAGGUGGUGGACCUCACUCACUCGCGCUCUGAAGAAGAGUUAAGUCAAGAAGACGACCGCAGUGACGAUGACGAUGAUGGGGAUGAUCCAGGGGACGUGGAUGACGGAAUAGACUACUCCUGCCUUGCAGACCUGGACUUGGAUUAUGACGACCCAAUGGAGGAGUGCUUGCAAAUCUUUAACGAGUCCAAAGAUGUGAAAAUGGAGGACAAGGGGAGGCAAGCCAAACAGGAGCCUGUAGACAGCGAUGCGUCUGAAAGCACUUUAUCAACAGUCGUCCCGGGACAGAAGAAGCGAGUCUCACAUUUCAAAGAACAGGGGGGGGAGCCAGUCCGUGCCUCAGUGGUGAGGCCUUAUGCAAGGCCCACAGCGCAGGAGAUCUGCUACAAGCGCAUGCAGAUGGCCCAGAAGCAGGCUGAGCAGCUUGCCGCCGCUGUCAAAGUGGCAGCCAAAGCCAAAGCCACCUCCACCUCCACUGCAUCCUCCUCUUCCUCUUCCUCCCCCUUCUUCGCCGGGGAGAAGAAGAGAGUGGCCCAUCGACCCAACCCCUCUGCACUUUCUCUUAAAGCUUCAUCUGAGGCCAAGCAGGGUGCCUCUAGGGUGUUGUCUCCGACCAGGCCCGCUUCUGAACAGCCCGCGGUGAAGAGCCACACCAUGGCAGGCAUCCUCUCCAAGACCUCCACCACCACCAUGCAGAAGAGAGUGGCCCACACCCCAACCAUGAAGAGUUCUUCAAUGAAGCGUCCUGUGAUCCCGUGUGAGUUCGGGGCCAAGGUGGCCACCGGGGUGCGCCAGCGCUACCUCAACCUCUUCAUCGACGAGUGCCUCAAGGUCUGUCCCUCUGAGCCCGAAGCCUUCCAGAUGGCGCUGGAUGAGGAGCAGGUGGUAUACGAGCGCAGCAGCAGUAAGAACAUCUACCUGAACGUGGCCGUCAACACACUCAAGAAGCUUCGCAACAAGAGCACCUCGCCUGCCGCAAAGCCUCCCAAGUACCAGGCAGCCAGCAGCAGCCAGAAGGCCCAGUCCCACGAGAAGACCCUGGGGGGCCGGAUGGCAGCCAAGACCAGCUUCACCAUCAACCGGCAGGGCAAGCAGCAGGCGCCGGAGGUCAAAGGUGCCAGUCUGUAUUAUAAGUUGAAGGAGUACCUGAUGACAGAGGAACAGCUGCAGGAGCAUAACUACCCUCGAGUCAACCCUGACCACCCAGGACACGCCAUCAUAUACAACCUUCCAGAGAAGAAGAACCUAGACCCCUUCUCCAAAGUGUGCUGCCGGUGCGGACACGAGUACAAGAUCAACGUGAACGGGAGCUGCGUGCGGAAGGAGGAGUGCAACCACCACUGGGGUCGCCUACGACGACACAAAGUGUCGGGCGGCUGGGAGACGCAGUACUCGUGCUGUUCAGGAGCUGUAGGCUCAACAGGCUGCCAGGUGGCAAAGCAACACGUCCAGGACGGACGUAAGGAGUCUUUGAAUGGAUACGUCAAAACCUUCGACAAGUCUCUGCCAGCUGAUGGGGACGCGGGCGUGUUUGCACUGGACUGCGAAAUGUGCUAUACCAAGACAGGCCUGGAGCUGACCAGGGUGACGGUCAUCAACUCGGAGCUCAAAGUUAUCUAUGACACCUUUGUGAAGCCUGAGGCCAAAGUGGUGGACUACAACACCAGGUUCUCUGGCGUGACGGAGGAGGAUCUGGAGAACACCACCAUCACCCUGCGGGACGUGCAGGCCGUGCUGCUCAGCAUGUUCAGUGCAGAGUCCAUCCUGAUUGGACACAGCCUGGAGAGCGAUCUGCUGGCGCUCAAGCUCUUGCACAGUACUGUAGUGGACACAGCAAUAGUCUUCCCCCAUCGCCUGGGCCUGCCUUACAAACGAGCCCUGAGGAACCUGAUGGCAGACCACCUUAAACGCAUCAUCCAGGACAAUGUUGAAGGUCAUGACUCCAGCGAGGAUGCAUGUGCAUGCAUGGAGCUGAUGAUCUGGAAGAUCAAGGAGGAUGCCAAGGUCAAGAGAUGACCUUUGACCUUAAUACUCCUCUACAUGUCAACGCUUCAGGAGAGAAGACGCAUAAGACUGAAGGGCAGAAGGAAAGAGAGAGACAGAGAUUAAAAAAAGAGAGAACAAAUGUGCCCCAUAGCUGUGAAAAUGCACUGUUGGCCUGGGCUCCUGUCUGAGUAAAGUUUGUGCAGAGAAAGUGCAGCUUCCGGUUGUUGUAUUGUGAGAGGGGAGGAGGGCCGAACUGAUUGGAGCUCGAGCGUGUUGCACUAUGGAUAUCCCUACCGUUAAAUCCCCUAGACAUAAUCAUGACAUAACUUGUUGAGAUUAAUAAUCACAUAAACCCACGUCACUACAGCUAGCUACAUAGCUGUUUCAACACGCUAGGAUGCAGGCACGUCUUUCGUUUUCUUUUAUUUUCUAAUUUGGCUGUAUUUGUUUAAUGUUAAUUUUGUUUUGUUGUCACCUUUUUGUGAAAAUUCACACAGAGACAACUGCCCAAUAAAGUCUACUGUAAAUGCACUUAGCAGGUCAUUUAACCUCUUGUACUACAGAUAGUACUUUUCUUUUUUCUUUUUAAGAAAAUUGUUUACAUGGCGGAACGUGUUGUUGGUUGUUCACAUUGUUGACGAAUGGCAAAAAAGACUUGAAACUACUCAAAGUAUUACUUUGUAUUAUUAUAAUAAUUAGAAUGUUCUGUUAUUAGUCACACUCUUGUGCUAGAAGCUUCCACUGUAGUUAGAAUUAUAUUCUCAGUGAAGAGAAGCUUUGGAAGUUUUGCCUGUCUCCUAGGGUAGUUCAGAAAUUUCUUCCAGAGGGCCCACAGUGCCAAUAAAUGCAUGACCUAAGAUGCAGAUACUGAACUCACUAUGGUUUGCCCCUAACCUCCUAUGUAGGUAGAACCCAUACCUGUCUGCCUACCACAGUAGCCAUCACUGAAAUCUAAAGAAACAUUAACGUCAGAUAUCAGCAUACAGUAUAUACAGUAAAAUGGUAAUAAUCAAAAUCAUAAGGAAGUUUUGUUGUGUGUGCGUGUUUGAAAUAUGGAGCUGGCACGCUACUUUGUACAUAUGCUGCUAGGUUGUUUUGUAUGUUUUUCUUUUUGUAUUAAACCAUGUUAAAUG